ACGUCUCCAGUGACCUUCCAUCGACGGAGCUUCGCCCAGAAUGGAUACCGUAAGGAAAAAUCACCGCUCCCCAUAUCAAAACGAAGUUUUUGAUGCAGGAUUUCCGUAUUGUCUUGCGGUAGAGGAUUGGAGGCACAUGCCGUGUAUGAAUACAGGGCUUCUGACGUGGACGCUUAGCAGCACAAAUGUCUACGUUUGUAGCCCACGCAGCAUGACAAACCGUCCGCAUAAUGCGGCGGAGACUAUAGAGCUGCCUUCUUGUAAGGCAGAUGUGGUUUGUGACCUCAAAUCAGCAACGCAAAUUUUCGGAGACAUACCUUUUCAAUAUGGGGAAGGGGGAUUUUUCCCUUCGAUAGUGGACGCGUUUUACCCAGACGUCGGAUAUGGGUCGGCACUCCCAGCAAUACCCCUGGUAUUCAUUCUGACUGUUUCGUGCGAAUUAUUUUUGAAAGCUCUUCAAUCUGCACAAGGUGUUUUUUAUACUUAUUCGACCAGCACUAUGUGUUUCUCUUCCUCUUAUUUGCUUUGUCAUCGAGGAAACCAUUCCCAAAAUAAAACUGAUCUCCUUCAUCUUCUUGUAAACAGAGCGGCUUCUACCCCAAUCUCUACGAGAAUAGCGACACCAGUAUGCGGAGAAAAAAGUCUCCUCCUGUAGUAGCAUACUCGAAGAAAGUAGACUUGUCAGCGAUAAUACAAGAAGUUACAUGACUUGUACUGUAGGCAGCGACUGUACGAGGAGGACUGCAUAAAUUAUAUUAGACACGGCUCAGUAUCGGGUCGUUCAGAAGUGUCGUAGCUGAGUGAAUGUACUAAGCAGUGAAGUCUUUCCUCUGGCGCACGACAUGGUGCUAACGAAGAAUUCCACGUCGAGUAUGUUCUUGUAGAGGGGCUUCUUUCUGUUCCAUAAAGACCAAGUCCUCUCCAUAUCCCAGAGAAAAAAGUUGGCAGGUCGUAUUUGUAAUGCAAAAAUAAAUACACAGAAAAACUGGUCAUGGGCGGCCCCAUAGCAUGCUGCUUCGGAUAUGCAAUAGAGAUAUUUUUGUGUAUUUAUUUUUGCAUUGCAAAGCUGACCUGCCACCUUUUUCCUGUGGGAUAAUCCAUGGUGUCUGCUGAAGCCGCCCGUCCUGCGCAAGACAGAGAUCCAACUGCUGCCGCCCGUGAUCAACCCGACCCUGCGCAAACCAGAGAAGAACAAGUUCGCGCUGGUUCUGCAGAAGCCAAGUAUCGCAGUAGUGGGUCCUGAUGCUAGUGCAGGAAAUCAAGAGCAGAAACAGGCGCGCCAUCAUGACGCUCGUCCAGAGAUCUUGCAGGAGCGACUCGAGGAAUCUGAUGAAAUAGCACCACAAGCGGUUUUUAUCAAAAUCAAAACUCGCCCCUAUCCAUAUUCAAACACAGCUUUGCGAUGCGCGCUUUGUCAACGGGAGUCACUCUGUCAUGUAGCUGCCAGAAAACAAAAAACAACGGUGCAUAGAAGCGAGACACUUUGCUGGUGCUUCAGGAAGACUGAAGAUACAAGACUGCGAUGCCCAGGAUGGCAUGUCCAGUGUCCCACAAAGUGUCCCGCCGACCUUGGCCUUCGGGCUGAUAUUUGCCGACAAAACGCGGAAUGAAAUAUUGCCUUUUUUAUUAGGGAUAGGGGUGGUUUUUUCUUCCUGAUACCCGUGCCUAACGUUCCCGAGCCCCAAGCGAUAGUAUCCAUUGCAAAUAUGUCUGGGUCUGGAAGGAAGCAAGAUUUGUAUGUAAUGCUGAACCUCCAUAUCUUCAACAAACUCUGUAUUUACGUGUCACGGAAUAGUGCUGGUUCUGUGUCAUGCGAAAUAGAUUUUCUCAUGCGUUUAAUACAUCAAAGGACCGUUCGAUAAUCUGUCAUGCUCAGCUACCUACUCUAAUCGUUUUGUCAUUCACGUAUUAGCAUGAGACAACUUUCCAGACCCAGACAACAUGUUUGCAUUUGAUAGCAAGUGGAGCCGCAAACCGACGGUGGAGGCCAGCCACGACAUCCUGACCCGGACGACCAGGAAACUAUCCUGUGUAAAGACGUCCCAUCCCCAGAGUUGUCAUGCAGACUUGCACAGACAGACACACUUGUGAUGCGCAUCCCCAUGCUAGGCAUGAUUUGUAGUCGUGUUUUGGAACUUGUACUGCUGUAAAGCGGAUAAUAAUAAAUUAGAUGGAUUUGUAAUGCGGCUAUGCUUGCUAACCUGCACUACACUACGGCCUGCAACUUGUCAUGCGUGACUCCUAAAACUUCUAGGUUUGUGUUGCAAACCCCUAGCUUGACUCUGGGCUGGGGACGUUUUUCCUCAGGAUAGAGAUGCUGGUGGAAUCACUGGAAGAAUCCGAAGAGAAACCCGACCUCGAGAUCCCCAAUGAAUCAGCCGCUGGACCCCCCAAAGUUCCGGGACAAGAAAAACG